GAUAACUGUCUCAAGCUCAGAGCGGAACUCAGCUUAGCAAUGUUCCUAAGAUGGAAGAAGGAAGAGCGAACAAGAGAACUGGCAUGAGAAUCCAGGGUGAAAGCUGGGUCAAAGGUCACACCAAUGGGCCAUUCCCAUCUGUACCGGGCCGGGUAGCGUAGGUUGUUUACAUAUCUGGGUGGCCUGGUAUUUACAUAUCUGGUCCCGAAGUCCGUUGGCUAACUCCUAGUACGACCAGGUCAGUCCAGGGUCAUCUUCCAGGUAACGACAGUUGGAACUAGUUUGUGUCUCAAGAAUAACUGAAGGAGUUGAACAAAUCAGCUUGUUCUGCAGGAAACUAUCUUGUUGUCAGCUUUGCAGGUGCGAAAAAGAUUUUAAAAGGUUUUGAUGACGUAAAAAUCUUUGCUGGCUAAAGAGGUCUUGCUCAGACGGCCGGUCUGAAGCUUUUUCUCUAGAACCCUCGAACUGUUGUGAACUAAACUUAAAACCAGAGUAAUCUAGUUUUAAUACAUUGAUGUUAUGAAUAAAUAGCCAACCAAAAGUUGACAAGUUUGAGGGAUAUUACCAAGAAUCUCAGAGACACACCCUCUUUGAUUCGGAGGCUCUGAAUCUGGGCAAAAGGUUAACCAUGUGUCAUGCGUUUAACUUAACUUAACUUUGUGCAAAUGGUGAUGACCUCGUCAAGUAAACAUGCUAAACAUUUACCUUAAAUCCUCUAAUACAGGCCCGGGCCUGUAUUAGACUCAAGCUCAUCAAGCUCCAGGCCUUUAUUGGAAGGAGGACCAGAAUUAGAGGCAGGCCUCUAUUUCAAUUUGAGCAAAAUGAACUAAUGGUUCACUGGAGUUUUUGACAAUUAAAAGUGCGCCCACAUUUUCAAAGUUAAACACAUUUCUUUUACCAACGGUAGUUUCUGCUUCAGCCCUCUCCCCCCUCCCCCUGCGCAGCGGCCGCAAAGUCACUGAUGCGCCUGCAGCCUCUCGGAGUUCCUGCUGCUCUAAACAUUAAAAUAAUUAUUUCAUUUUCUGUUCCUCACUUCUGAUUACCUUCAAUGGUGUCUGUUUGUUGCAACCACCAGGUACAAAAACUAACUUGUUUUUAUUUGACUAUUUUUCUGUCCUGCCUGUUUUUUAUCUUCCUGCAUCUCCUCUCAAUCCUAAAGAGAAACUGCUACCUGGGUUCAUAUAUAUUCACCUGAUGAGUUACCUUUGAACUGCAGUUCUAAAAGAUCUACCGACCGCAAAAACAGUGGAGUGCUCGCUGCUUGGCGGCCGCAUCAGUGAUCGGUGCGUCACUGAGGACAGAACAGGUGAUGCGCCCCGCUCCACAGCAGCGAAACGCAUCAGGCACAAAUAAAAGAAUAAAAGACAGAAAACAUAAAAGGAAAUGAGCUGACGUGAACAAUCGCAUGUUAAAUUAGUUUUUGAGGUGGCGACACCUGAUUUGAUAAUGUUACUGUGGCCGUGCUCAGGACGCAGAUUCUGGAACGCGUCAACAAUCAGAGCUUUGCAUGCGCAAGCUGGUUAAGGUUAGGAUGGGGGUGAGGGGAAGGUUAAAUUGCAAGAGGGUAAACGUCACAAUUUGGUUGAAUGUCCGUUUUACGGCGGGUGUCAGUACCUACCGACGCUCUGGCACAGCGCGUUGCCCCCCCGAGCGCAGGAGCUUGUCACCUGCUGACAACAUGCUGCUGUCUUUUCAGUGGACUGCAUCUUGCCGGUCAUUAUCACGUGACAGCGACUAGUCGAUGACAGGCAUAAAAUGUCACUAUAGAGCAGUGAAGUCGACUAGUGACUAGUUCAUACAACCCCGGCUACUGCUCCCCAGAGUGUUCUGCAGCAUAAUCAGCACGUUGUCUUUGAACUUGACAUCAAAUUUUCGCCUCCUCUUCGUCUCCACACGGUUAAAGUUACCCUCGCGGUCUAUCACUGGCAAAUCAAAAGUGAGACGGAUGACACAACCGCCCCCCGUACUUGCUUGUUACCACAUUCCACCUGGCCACAAUAAAAAACCGGCCAUUAUUCACCUCCGCCGACUCCGACACCGGCCAAAAUAUGAUACCCGGCAGUUAAUAAAAUACAGGCUAAUAUUAGAGGAUUUACGGUAAUUGUUUUAUAAUUAUUAUAUGUAGCAAUAAACAAACGUUUAUUUCAUGAUUAUCUUUAAAUUUGAAAUCUUCUUUUCUUCUGAUCGUCUGUGAGUUGAGUUUAUUUAAUGAGUUUCUCUGUAAAGGGACCUUGGUAGGAGAGAAUGUUAUGAUUUUAUUAUCUCUGUCAGUGCAUCAGGCUCUGACUCCAGCUGGUGUGAGGAAGGCAGGCUCUGAUUUAAAGGGACUACGUGCAGACUUUCAGUCUCCAGUGAGGGAAAAUAUUGUAGGUUGGAGUCGUAGCCAGGUUAUGUUGACUUGGCUGUAGAUCUUGAUCUGUUGGUCUCAAAAUCAGGCAAUUUUGUGACAUUACAGUUGUUUAGCCACAACCUUUUCCAAGAUCUUGGAGAUAAACGGAAAUUUAGAGAUGGGUCUGACUCUUCUGAGAUUACCUCUCAUGUACCCCUAAGUGUAAGCACAAUCACACAAAAAUCUCGAAUGAUCUCUGCUGUCUUUCUGUUUUAUGCAGCAACAAAAACGUGUCCAUGUGUGUCAAAUGUUUAUAACAUCUUUUAAUUCUCUGGUCAUCUUAACGAGGUUCUAUCAGGCCUCACAACAACAUAAAGUUAUAAUUUUUCACAAAGAAACAAAUUCUACCCUUAGCUGCAGAUCAAAGUGUCUGGACAGAGCGGCCGUUUAGGAAUCAGCAUCGCUGGUGGGAGAGGGUCUCUGCCUUACAAAGACCAGGACGAGGUGAGUUCAGGAGCUUCUAGACUAGUAUAGAGUAUUUGGCUUCCUGAAUGAAAACCGUUAAAGGCGAUGGAGUUUGAUGUUUUUCUCCUCCAGGGUGUUUUUGUUUCUAGACUAGCAAAAGGAGGACCCUCAGAAAAGGCUGGACUCCAUGUGGGAGACAGGUUGUUGGAGGUAGGAUGAUCUUUUCCAUAAAGAAAAAAACCAACAAGUUCCAAAACAUCCUGUGUAAAUUAAAACUGAUUUAAAAUUUGUAGUUUUUCAUGUCUCCACUUGGGGGUGUCAUAUGACUAACAGAGAGAGCUCGACUCUGUUUCCCUCAGAGACAAGUCCAAGCUGAGACGGAAAAAUAAUCUAUUAUUUUUAGAGCAAAACCUAUGUUUCAUCUCUAAGUGUCCUCCUGCGAUACAAGUUGCUGCUUUCACCCUAAAUUUCUGACAUGACCUCUGUCCUUCCAGGUCAACGGCCUCAGCAUGCAGGGGGCGACCCACCAUGAAGCAGUCAGCGCCCUAAGGAAUGCUGGGAGCUGCAUCAGGAUGAUGGUGCUGAGAGAGAAACCGGUGCACCGAGAGGCGUUUGACCCAGGCGUGCCUCAGGGACCUCCAGACUUGCCGGGCAGACAGCCGCGCGAGAUGGAUGUCAAAGGCCAGAGAAGCAAACGGUCUCAGCUGGAGAAAGCAGAGGAGUGUUUGUCCAAGGAGAUGGAAACAGUUGUCUGCAAUGGAAACAGCUCUGUUGAUUUGGAGAAGAAUCGGAUCAGAACUGUGUCAGAGCUGAAGGCAGAGGUGUUGAAAAAGGAUUCACUUCAAGGGAUUCCCCGGAUCAUCCUCACUCAUCCCUCCACCUCAGACGAAGACGUGGAGAUCUUAACACAGAUCCUCCCCGGGAGAGACCUCCUGCGCGACUUAGAAGGUCCUGACAAGCGAGCUCAUGCUGAAUGUUCUUCCCACCCUUCAUGAUCCCAGCCCUGGAGCGCUGCCUGCUGCAGAAACCCUCAAUGCUUUCUUACUUGUUGUGUUUUGGCUUGCAGCCUUUUCAGGGAUGACCAAAGUUUAUUCUAAAACUACUCGAAUGUGUACUUUUGGUGUCUUUUUUCUUUGAUAAAUUUAAU